AAAGGUAAUUGAAACCAACCCUAAGCUCCUUGUUUUUCCGCUUCAAAGGUAACCCCGAUUAUUGCUGACUUAAGCAUUGGAGUGUCUACCCCGAGGAUCCACCUCGGGGCUUUGCAGGUCAAUCUAGAGUGCAGAUUCGGACUGAAGAAGGACUUCCGGUUUGGUGCAGUUACAUUUUUGGCACCAUCUAUGGGAAACUGAACUAAAGGCUCUUUUGUUGCUCUUAUCAUGGUGAAAACUAGGUCAGCCCGAGGUGGAAACUCGUCUCAGCCUCUUGGACGAGAAGGAGAAGACGAAAAUCAACCACACAAUUCGCCUCAUCCCCCACCCCCAAUCCCAAAUACGGUCCCUCCUGUGGACCAUGCAGAAGGAGAAGACGAAAAUCAACCACACAAUUCGUUAUUAGCCCGGAACAAUCCUGGUGAUCCACUCAUCAACCUACUUAAUCCUGCUCCGCAGCCUCCAGCCCCACCACAAGAUCCUGACCCAGUUCAACAUGCUCCCCCUGUUAGUGAAUCUCAGGGCCAAUCUCACAUCGCACCAGUUAUGCAACCCCCUCGUGAUGAUGUCACUCGACGUUUAGAUAGCUUAGAAAAGCUAGUGGUCGAACAACGAGGCAUCCCACCUCCACACCCUGUUGCUGACUCCGUACCUCACCCUCUCAACACCAAUAUUAUACUGGAACCCUACCCUGCUGGCUUCCGAAUACCACAGCUUGAAACUUAUGAUGGGACGAAGGACCCCGAUGAUCAUCUACAUGCUUUUUACUCUUGCAUGCAGGCCCAGAAUGCCUCUGACGCGUUGAUGUGCAAAAUCUUUCCCUCUACUCUCCGAGGUAAUGCUCGAACCUGGUACUACAGUCUGCCUCCGAGAUCAAUCAACUCAUACAUAGAACUGGCAUCUGCUUUUGCCACAAAGUUUUCCAGUAGAAGAUUCAAUGAUGCAGUGCUAGAGGUUAACUCUUUCGACCAAGCAGUGGGCAUUACAGCUGUGAUCUCGGGUCUCGGCCAUGAAAGAUUCAGAGACAGUCUGCUUGAACAUCCCGCCACCACCUUCAGUGAGGUAAACGAUAGAUCGUUGAAAUUCAUAACGGCUGAGGAAUACGCCCUGUCGCAACACCUAACUCCUAUUAAGAGCCAACACCCAGACUGGAGAGAUGAGAAUCCGAACAGGAAACGGAUGAAGACAACACAGAACCGAGGUCCGAUGUCGACUUCCACCCCGAGAUUCGGAAGGCCGAACUCAGCACCUCCGCAACAACCUACAAGUAAACCUCCAGUUAAUUGGACUCCUUUUAAUUUGCCGAGGUCACAAAUUUUUAUGCAGAUUAAGAAUAAAAUGGACUUACGACGUCCGGGUUCAAUGAAAACUGCUGCUGCUACCAGAGACCAUACUAGAUACUGUGAUUUUCACCAGGAUCACGGUCAUACAACAGAGCAAUGUAAUAGUCUGAGGUCCGAACUGGAAAGUCUGGCACAGAAAGGACUGUUGAAUGAGUAUAUCCAGAGAGUGGAACAGCCAAGGUUUGUCAGAGAACAAGGGCCACAGCAUCAAGCAAUCCGCAAUCCCCCAAACAAACAAGGUGUGGGAUAUCAGCAAGCCCCACCCCCACUCCCACCACCAGCUAGAGUCAUACACAUGAUUACGGGAGGUCUGGAAGCUGGUGGACUGAGCUCUAAGCAGCGGAAGCUGUAUGUCAGAGAGGUUAGGCAUCAGAACCGAGCUCAGAAACGAAAAUUUGACGAUGCUGAGUGGAAGAAUCAACCCAUCACUUUCACGUCUGCUGAUCUUGAAACAAUUGUCACACCUCACAAUGAUCCUCUCGUCACUUCUGUCACAAAAUCAACAAUUCGGUAUGAUGGUCCCAUCUACGAGUUCAACAACCAACCAGUUCCAGUUGAAGGAGUCCUCACCAUGAAUGUUGCCUUUGGAAGUGGCCGCAGUUAUGUGACCCCUUUAGUAAGGUUUUUAGUGGUCAAGAUGGCGUCCUCUUUCAACGCUGUCAUUGGCCGACCUACACUGACUGAGAUCCGAGCCGUGGUUUCCCAGUCUCAUCUAUGCAUGAAGUUCCCAACUCCUACGGGAAUAGCAACACUGCGAGGCAACCAGGAGGUAGCCCGACAUUGUUAUAUCACCUCGGUGACACAACCUCAGAAGAGCAAGGCUCAGACACCCGAGAUUAAUCCUAAACAGAUACCUGAUGAUCGGCAAGUUAUGGGUGUUGAAAUAGUAGAUAACCGACCAGAAGAUGAAACCAGAGCUGCUCCAGUCGAAGAUGUGGAGGAGGUACAGAUUGAUGACAGAGAUCCGAGUAGGAAAACGCAAAUUGGGACUAAAUUGAACCCGAAAGAAAGAGCAAAGCUAAUAGCUUUUCUUCGAGCCAAUAACGAUGUUUUUGCAUGGACUUCAGCAGAUAUGCCGGGAAUCCCCACUUCAGUUUUUCAACAUAAACUCAGCACCAAUCCCCUCAAGAAACCAGUAGCCCAGAAGCGACGUCUCUUCGGGGGGGAGAGGUUAAAGGUCCCAAUGGCUCCUGAGGAUGAAGAAAAAACCUCGUUCUAUGUCGACGAUGAGAUCUAUUGCUACGUAAUGAUGCCUUUCGGCUUGAAGAACGCAAGUGCCACUUACCAGAAGAUGGUUACCAUCGUAUUCCGAGCUCAGAUAGGACGGAAUCUGGAAGUUUAUGUUGAUGAUAUAGUGGUAAAGAGCUUGAAAGUUGACAAUCACUUAACCGAUCUUGAGGAGACAUUCAACAAUCUCAAACAGAAUAGAAUGAGGUUAAACCCAGCCAAGUGCAUCUUCGGUGUGGAAUCUGGAAAAUUCCUGGGUGAAACACCCUAUCAUCUGGCCUUUGGAACCAAAGCAGUCAUUCCUAUCGAGAUAGGAGUUCCAAGCUUCAGAGUCACCCAUUUCGAUGAAGGACGGAAUGGACAACUGCUUCAGGAGAACCUUGAUCUGCUUGAUGACCUCAGAGAAGAAGCAUGACUUCGAACUCUAAUCUACAAACAGAAAAUCGCAAACUUCUACAAUAAACGAGUUCGACCCCG